CAAACACAGGCUGGGUUUUCCAUGCUUGGAAUACAAGUUCAAGGACAAACAUGAAGAAAUGUGACAUUCCUUUGUUUUUGUUGCUCUCUUUAUAUGGUGCUUUACAACCUUCAGUUCAAACAGACACCAGCUUCUUCCUUAUCUACAAUGAGGAUCACAACAAAUGUGUGAAUGCUGUGAGUGCUUCUGUAGUACAGACAGCAUCAUGCGAUGUAUCUUCUGAGGCUCAGCGUUUCCGAUGGAUUUCUUCUUCACGAAUUAUCAGCCUCUCUUUUAAACUCUGCUUGGGGGCCCAGAACAUCAAAGACUGGGUCAAAAUUCUCCUUCUGCCCUGCAAUGAACUCAGUCCCCUACAAACCUGGGAAUGCAAGAAUGAGACCUUGUUUGGCUUAAAGGGACAGCCACUGCACCUGAACUAUGGAAAUCGAAAUGAGCCAAAUAUGAUGUUGUAUAAGGGAACAGGUUCUUGGAGUCGCUGGCAGAUUUAUGGGAGCAAAGAAGAUUUAUGUUCUCGUGGAUAUCAAGCGAUAUAUUCAAUAGGUGGAAAUUCAUUUGGGAAACCCUGCCAGUUCCCAUUUAAAUUUGGUGACAAGUGGUAUGCCGAAUGCAUUGUGGAGGGCAGAUCAGAUGGUCAGCUGUGGUGUGCCACAGAGACAGACUACAACACGGAGAGAAAGUGGGGCUUCUGCCCAACUAAAACUGGCUCAGGCUGGGACAGUGAUCCAGUGACUGGUGUGUUAUAUCAGAGGAACAUGCAGUCGGCGCUGACUUGGCAUCAGGCACGAAAAAGCUGCCAGCAACAAGAUGCUGAUCUUCUCAGCAUUUCAGAGCUGCAUGAGCAGGCUUAUAUAUCAGGUCUCACAAAUGUCUUCGGCACCACACUGUGGAUUGGGCUUAACAGUCUUGACUUUGAAAGUGGCUGGCAGUGGAGCAAUGGAAACCCAUUCAGAUAUCUAAACUGGGCUCCUGGUCAUCCUUCUCUGGAACCAGGCUUGAACUGUGGAGCAUUAAAUGCUGGUAAAGCAUCAAAGUGGGAGAGUAUAGCCUGCAGUAAGAAAUUAGGUUACAUCUGUCGCAAAGGCAAUUCUACAGAUAACACACCUCCGCCAGGUAAAGAUCAGCCUAACUUCUGUCCUGUUGCGUGGGUUCCAUAUGCUGGUCAUUGCUAUUAUCUGCAGCGGACCAAGAUGAUGUGGAGUAAUGCGUUAGCAGCAUGUCACAAGGAAGGUGCAGACUUGGCCAGUAUACACAACAUAGAGGAGCACAGUUUCAUUAUAUCACAGAGUGGGUACUUGCCUACUGAUGAACUCUGGAUUGGACUUAAUGAUCAGAGGAUUCAAAACCUGUUUGAGUGGUCUGACAGAACACAUGUCACCUUCACCAAGUGGCUAGCUGGAGAACCUUCACACGUCAUAAAUCGCAUGGAGGACUGUGUUCUCAUUAAAGGAAAGGAAGGUACAUGGGCAGACCAUAUGUGUGAGACGGAGCGUGGCUACAUCUGCAAAAAGAAAUCAUCUAGCAAGCCUGAAGGCAACCCAGAGCUUGUCAGUCCUGGAUGCCUACCUGGUUGGAUUAGGUACGGCUCUUACUGUUAUAAUAUUGCCAUGGAAAGCAUGUCAUUUAAUGAGGCCAAACUGAAAUGUGAGGAGACAGGAGCCCGUUUGGUUGAUGUUGCCAGCAGGUAUGAGAAUGCUUUUCUCAUUAGCUUGGUCGGUCUUAGGCCUGAGAAGUAUUUCUGGAUUGGCCUAAGUAAUACUGAAAGACCUGAGCGCUUCCAGUGGAGUAAUAGUGAUAAAGUCACAUUUACACACUUUAAUGCUGGCAUGCCAGAAAGGCACAAAGGUUGCGUGGCCAUGUUAACAGGAACUUCGGCAGGAUUAUGGGAUGUACUGGACUGUAACAGUAAACAGAAAUACAUCUGUAAAAAAAUGGCAGAGGGUGCUACUACCACACAAGUGCCCCCAACUACACAGCCUCUCAGCUGUCCAGCUGAGUGGAUUAAAAAAGAUCCAAGGAACUGUGUUCAGAUAUACCAGAAGGAAAAUGAUGAGAAGAAGUCUUGGUUUGAUGCUCGUGAUUUCUGUCGAGCCAUUGGUGGUGACUUGGCAAGCUUCCACUCUCAAAAAGAAAUCAACAAGUUACCGUAUAUAAGUGGAGAUCCAGCAUGGAUAGGUUUCAGUAUGCUGGAUAGUAAUUCUGGUUUUGUGUGGACUGAUGGAACCCCUUCUGAUUUUGAGAACUGGGGGUUUGGUGAACCGAACAACUACAACAAUCAAGAGCACUGUGCGGAAAGUGGCUUUUAUUAUGGACGCAAGUGGAACGAUCGUGAUUGUGAAGCCUACAAUAACUGGAUUUGCCAGAUACCAAUAGGCACAACUCCAAAACCUCCACCAACGACUGUAACCCAGGUGGAAUAUAACAAGACAUCUGAUGGCUGGAUCCAGUACAACAGUAGUCAGUAUUUCGUUAAUGAAGACCGCCUACCUAUGGAAGAUGCACGCUCAUUCUGCAAAAAGAAUCAUGCAGAUCUUGUUGUCAUUACGGGUCAAACAGAGAGGAAAUUUUUAUGGAAGCAGAUAUCUAGGAAAUCAGAGAAUCAAUACUACAUUGGGAUGAUAGUAGAGUUGGACAAAUCAUUUAGCUGGGUGGAUGGAACACCAGUUGUAUAUACGUCAUGGGAUCAAAAUGAACCAAAUUUUGCCAACAAUGAUGAGAACUGUGUGACCAUUUACAAGAAUAUGGGAUUCUGGAAUGAUAUUAACUGCGGUGUGGCAUUGCCCUCUAUCUGUGAAAGAAGUUCUGACUUUGUCAAUGUCACCAUGUCCCCCUCCACUGUGGAACCAGGAGGCUGUACUCCAGAAUGGACCAUGUUUCAGGGAAAAUGUUACAAGCUUUUUAAUAAUAAGAUGACGUGGCAUAAUGCUCGGGACCACUGCAUUUUACAUGGAGGCAACCUGGUGUCCAUUCUGAGUCAGGAAGAGCAAGCAUUCCUUACUACUAUAAUGCUUGGUUCAGAUGAUGAUGUAUGGAUUGGAUUUAAUGAUGUGAACUGGGAGAUGAGAUUUUUGUGGACUGAUGGUAAAGGUGUCAGCUACAUAAACUGGGCCAAGGGUCACCCUUCGCUACAUCCAGAUGGGCCUUCCAGGAUGUAUGGCUUCUCUGAAUCAGAGAAUUUUGACUGUGUUGUCAUGGUUAGAAGCCCAGAAAAGAUGACAGGUGUGUGGAAAGUCAAAAUCUGCGGAGAUCUAAGAAGUUUCAUCUGUAAAAGGAAAACAGACUCUCAGCUUGCUCGUCCUGUGACUACAGCAUUGCCACAACAUUUCUUCACACUGAAAAAUGAUUCAUACAAGGUUCGGAUGGAGAAAAUGAGCUGGGAUGAAGCCAGGAGACAGUGUAAAGCAGAUGAUGCUGACCUUGCCAGUGUGCUAGAUUCCAUCAGCCAGGCUUACACAAUCCUUAGAGUCAGCAAACUUAAGGAGCCUUUGUGGAUCGGUCUCAACAGCAACCUGACACAUGGUCAGUACCGCUGGGUGGACAACUGGCUUCUAAGCUACAGUAGAUGGGCAACAGGAGAGCCCAAAAAUAAUUUAGCUUGUGUAUAUAUUGACACGGAUGGUGACUGGAAAACGGCUGCAUGCAGCAACAAGUAUUAUUCCCUGUGCAAGCGAUCAACAGCCAUUGCUCCCACAGACCCACCUCAGAUGCCAGGAAACUGCCCUGAGUCAAAGAAACGUAAAACCUGGAUCCCUUUUAGAGGACACUGUUAUGCCUUCAUGGGCUCUAUGUCUGAAAACUGGGCUCAUGCCACAGUGGAAUGCAUGAGAAUGGGAGCAUCACUGGUCAGUAUUGAGGACCCAAUAGAAUCUCUGUUUAUUCAACGGAAUGUAGAGAUCAUGCAGGAUGGAAUCAAAUCAUUCUGGAUUGGCAUGCACCGCAGUCAUAUGGGUGAAUGGAUGUGGAUUGAUAAUAUGGUGGUAGAUUACACAAACUGGAAACCCCGGAUGCCUAGUGAUUUUGGUAGUUGUGUGGAAGUCCAGUCAAGCACUGGUAUGUGGAGUACCACAAACUGCAAUUCUUACAAGCCGUAUAUUUGCAAGACUGUGAAAGUUAUACCACCAACAGAGAAGCCAUCAAUACCACUCACUGUGGUGAAAGAGACCCCUCAUGGCUCUGCUGGUAUCGCAGUAGGGGUUGUCUUGGUCAUAAUUGCUAUGGCAGCGCUUGCCACAUUUUUGUUUUUCAAGAGAAUCCCUACGCCUGUGAUUGGUGAAUGUACGUUCGACAACAGACUCUACAUAAAUUCCGACCUAAUACGGUCUCCUGCCACUAUUGAUACAAAGGGACUUGUUGCCAAUAUUGAACAGAAUGAGCAUGCCUAACACAAACAUACACACCUUUACAUACAGAUACACACAGACGUGCAUGCACACCCCUCACUAUAACAACAGGGGGAGGCUGACCCUAUUAAAGCCCAUCCAAACCUAAGUUUUACACUUGAGCAUACUGUACCUUAUAAAUCUGGAGAGGGCUUAUAAAAUAUAUUUGUAUCAUUUAAGUCAACUGUGUGUUUAUAUAUAAAUGCUUUACAUUUUCCUUUGUAAAAACUUAAUUUGUCAUGCCAACUAAGUAAAGAACUGAUGAUCAAACUAGACAAACAUGGACUGCAGUUUUAGAAACAGUUAGAAAUCUGUACAGUUCAAACACUUUUUGUAUAUGGAUGUUUCCCCAAUUUUAUCAUGGUUCCUUUAACCAGUUCAUGCUUUAUAAACAUCUGCAAUCUUUCUUUUCUCUCUCCUUUUGAAUAAAUUCUUAAACUUCUUUUGAAUAGACAAAACAUUAAAUGUUAUUUUGGCUCAAGAAGAUUAUUAAUGAAUUGUGGUUAUCAACAGUUUAAUUAAUUUUUGAUUUAAUUGAACAUUAAGUAAAUGAUGAAAAGACACUAUAUUUCUUUAAAAUACCAAUGAUACAAAAUAUCGAUGAAUACUUUUCUGUAUUUCAUAAUGUAUGGAACAAAUGGAAUUUAUAGACACAGAAAGAUUUGCUGGUGCAGGCCACUUGAGGGUGUCAAAUAUGUGUGAUUUGUGCGUUUGAAUAGAUAAGAAUAUAAAGACAAAAAUUAAUAUUUUAUUUCUUUACUGCAUCUUGAAGAUACCCAUGUAUAUAUAUAAUCCUUAAAAAUAACUCAGUAUGUCUUGCUAUGUCUGUCUCUCAUAUAGAAUGCAACACAUGCAUAUUGUGAGAAGGAAACAUCUAGUUUUAAAGAUAAUUUUGCUCAAUUCAAAUAGGCUUUACAUAUUACAUAUUACAUAUACAAAUUUUCACGCUUGCUCAGUGAACCAUAUAUAUGUAGUUCUGCUACAGGAAAGCACCCUUCUUUUUUCAGGGACUAAUUAUUCCAUUAAAUGUCUGCGAAUCUUGUCCAGUUUGUGUCUCAGUUUUUAAACUUUUCAUGUAUAUAUCAUUUUUUACACAUGGAAAUAAAAAGCAGUAGAACAUUUGAUUCAUUCAUUCAUUCAUUCAUAUAUAUAUAUAUAUAUAUAUAUAUAUAUAUAUAUAUAUAUGAUAUGUCUGAUAUACAGUACUGUGCAAAAGUCUUUUCACCACUAGUAUUUUCAUCAGCUAAAAAUGGUUUAAAGUCAAUUAAAGUCAGUCUGUUGCUGUAGUGUGUCAGUAAGAAAUAUCAUUUUACAUUUCUAAACAUUCAUUUUGCUAUUAAUUAUAAUAAUCCAGUGAGAUUUUUGUAUGGAGCACAGACUGUUGUCAGACUCCUUGUGCAAACAGAGAUGUGAUCUCUCUGUCAUUCAAUCCAGUCUGUCUUAAGAAACAGAAAAAAUGGAGACAGACUAAAUCCAGAAGAACUGUGGCAACAUCUCCAAGAUGCUUUAAGAGACCUAUACCUACAAAGCUACAGUACUGUUAAAAUUUUUAGGGAGUUGGGCACAUAAAAUGAGGAUGCUGUCAAAAACAAUGCCAUAAAUAGAUUUUCUUUAUCAAUGAACUUCUAUUAUCUAAAAUAAAUCAGCAUUUGAUGUGACCAUCCUUUGCAUUUAAAGUAGCUUUUGCCCUAGGUGCACUUGUGCAGAGUUUUUCAGGUAGCUUUGCAGGUAGGUUACUUGAAACAUCUUAGAGAUGUUGAAACAGUUCUUCUGGAUUUAGUCUGUUUCAGUUAUUCUGUUUCUUCAUGUCAUUCCAGAGACAGACUGGAUGAUGGUGAGAUCAGAUCUCUGUGUGGAGCACUGGCUGUUGUCAGACUCCUUGUGCAAACAAAAAUCUCACUAGAUUAUUACAGUUAAUGGCAAACAGAAUGUUUGGAAAUGUAAACUGAUGUUUCCUACUGACACACUACAGCAAAAGAUAACUUACUUUAAACCAUUUUUUAGCUGGUGAUAAUACUAGUGGCCUAAGACUUUUGCACAGUACUGUAUAUCAAUAGUGUGCGGUUCUUCAACGUUUAAAAUUGUUUAAUUUACAUUGUAAAUUCAUGUCCCAGUCACCUUUUCUUGGUUAAAUAAACAUUAGAAAAAAGAAAACUAUGUUAUACUUCUUGAUUUUGUAUGAAAGCCAUGUAUGAAUCUCAUCAAGUUGCAGUAAUUGCAGUAACGAUUUAAACAAUAUAUAUUUUUUCUCUUAUGUGACUUUCCCCCAUUAAGUCUCAGUUACAACUCAAUUGCCCAAACUCGGUUCUGGAGGGCCGGUGUCUUGCAGGGUUUAGCUCCAACUUGCCUUAACACACCUCCUGGGAAGUUUCUAGUAUGCCUAGUAAGCACUUUAUUAGCUGGUUCAGGUGUGUCCAGAGAUGGGCACAAUUACCUCAGAAAGCAUUUAGUUACAAAUUACAAAUACUUGCUAAACCAAUGUAUUUAAUGAAAAAUACAAAAAAUUCUGGUGUGAGAAAUGUAUUUAAUUAAAAUUCAAGUUAUUUGUAAUCUGAAAAUACAAAAAUAUAAACAAUAUUUACAAGCAAUCAAAUGCAAGAGACAUUGCCAUUACAUUUAGAUACACAUAUAAGAAAAAGAUGAGUGCUUUCCCCUUUUAACAACUUAUAAACAUAUUUAUAAACAACAUAUUCUUUAACCCUAUAGACAAUAAAUCCAAUUUAUUGAUCAAUAUUUCUUCUAAUUUCUGUUUACCUGAAUACCAUCAAGCAUUUCCACACUUUAUUUUUUCAUGUUUCUUUAUCGCUUCUUCGUCAUUUCUUUAUAAGCAUGUCAAAAAUUAAGCAGUCCUCCAAAAUUGUAUUGUCAUACUACCUAGUCCUACUCAAAAGAAUGGCUCAGGCUGUUUCACUGUCAACAGUAAAGAUUACCUCCUAAAAAUGCUGAUAUUUAGCUGUUAAAGGGCUCUAUGAAGAAUUUAGAAACCCUUGUUCUUAUUGGGGGCAGUCGUGGCCUAAUAGUUAGAGAGUCUCAGGUCUGGCAAGGAUUGUAGGUGGGGAGAAUGGAUGUACAGCUCUCUCCUUCACCUUCAAACCACGACUGAGGUGAGACCCUUGAGCAACAA